AUGCAGGAAGCCACGGAGGGCUGCACGGUGUGGGAAGGGGUCGAUGAAGACACCUUUGUCCGCUUCGGUCAAUACGUGUAUACCGGCAACUACGAGGGCAGUGUUCCGUUUGAGCCACCGGCCGUGGAGGAACCCGCGCCGGAGCUAGACGCGGAGCAACCUGCGCCAGAGCUGGUCGCAGAGGAACCUGCGCCGGUGCUAGAAGCGGAAAACGCCGCGCCGGAGCCGAUGGACGCAAGCGGACCGGCUGAGGAACCUCCAGGGACAGACCGUCCUGCAGAGGAGCCCGAGGUCGCCAAAGAAGAUUCGCCGGCCGAAGCACCGUGUGAACCUAAGCCAGAACCGGCAGACGCUGGCUUUUGGAGUGCUCCUCCGAGAUCUGCCGAGAAGAAAAAGAAGAAAAAGUCCAAGAUCCUCCUAGAUCAAGACAUUUCAAUGGACUUUUCCUCCGAGCUGGACGAGUUCAAGACGGUCGCUCCGCCACUGACGAGGGACGAUGCAUGGAAAAGCUUUGAAGAGAAGCAAUAUGAAGCCGGCGGUGACAACGCCAACUACUCGGUGCCCCCCAAUCCCAAAAACCGCCGAAUAGUGUACGAGCAAGUUUUUCUCGAGCACGCCCGCGUCCACAUGAUGGCCUACUACUACGACAUGCAGCCGCUCGCGCAGCUCGCCCUCUUCAAGCUCCACCGGGCGCUGUGCACUUUUACGCUGCACGACGAGCGCAUGGGCGACGUGGUCGGCCUGCUGCGGUACUGCUAUCGCGAGGAUGAUCGGCCGCUGCUCCGGGCCAUGGUGAGCGAAUACGCCGCCUGCCACGUCAAGCAGCUCUGGGCCGACGCCGAGUUUCGGGAGCUGUUUGGUGAGCACGGCGAGAUGUCGGUCGCCAUUAUGGGGUGCAUCAUGGAGAGAUUGCACUGA